GUGAGUUGGUGGGAGGAAUGUGAGUGAUGGGAAGCAGCGGAGAAGUAGUUGGCAAAGAAGAGGUUAUCGCAAAACUGAAGGACGAUGGCGACUUUGACCGGCUUCGUUUGAAGAUCGUUCGUAAGCUCAAAGACAACCAAGAGUUGCGACGAGAUAUUACCUCAAUUGUGAAGCAGUCAGUUGCACUCAAUCGCCCUGGAGCAGAAAAUUUUAAACCUAGACAACUUUCUGAUGCCAUAUAUGAAGAGGUUGGUGAUAAAGUAAUGAGCCAGAUAUCCGAUAGUUUAUGGCAAAUAAUCGGAUCAAAUGAUGGAGUGAAAAGUGAAAUCGUAGAAACAGUGCAAUCUGUCUAUGACAAACUGGCAAACCCGAAAGGGAAAGAUGAGGUUAUGUUAUCCACAUCUGACGUGAUGCCAAUUCAAGGACCGGAUGAAACGGCGUCAGCUACUGAGACUGAUGAUGUGUUGCAUGGAAAUGAGCCAGAAGAACCACCAGGUUUCACUCUCUUAAAUAAUCAUACAAAUAAUAACAAUCACGAGGACCAGGAUAAAGGGAAGACACAGGUUCAGAGGCAAGGAUCCACUGCAGAGCAGAAGGAAGAUUCCCACCUAUUACAGGAUACACUUGGUGAAGAUGAUGUUAAUAGUAAUGUGCCUCCUGGAUUUUCAGUAGAUGUGGAGCACAAUCCACCAUCUGAUUGUGGUGAUGAAGACCCUGAUGUACCUCCUGGUUUUGGUUGAUGAAUUGGAAGGUGUUUCAAUUUUUCUUCUGUUCUGCAACCCUUACUGUCAUUGAGUGUCACAGAUGUCAAAUUUUCUGUUUAUGGUUCUGACUGAGCCAGCUAAAAACAUUUGACAAUUUGUAGGUCUCUUUACAGCCCAAUCUAAUUUUGGAUGCAUUAUUCUUUUCUGAUUGGCUUGAGUUCAAUUAUUACCUGUAAUUUUUGUAGUAACUCAUCCCAAAUUUUUCUGAAAUGAAUGCUGGAUCUUCAUAAUGAAUUUUUUUUUAAAGCUAUUGACAAACAGAAGUCCUCUUCAAUCAAGAGUUCCUGGUUUCUGUAUAUUUAUCUUCAUUUUGUUGAUUUUGUACAAAGAGGGUGAAAUAAAAUCGGUUAAGUUAUAACAGUGUUUGUAUCAGUAUUUGUUGGAUUUCCUUAAGACAGAAAAAAUGUGUGUCUCUGGAGCGGUUUCUAUUUAUUUUCCGCUAUUCCAUGCUCUUGCCUACCCCAACUGAUUUGGGUUAAACAUGAUGUUGAUGUGUUCCCAUGCUCUUCUCAUAUUGGUGUAUUCGAAUCAGUGUCUUGCACAUUUUG